CAAAACAAUGCGGAAGUGUCCGUGUUGCUGAUUACAAACUUCAGUAGAGAACUGACACGUACACAAGACCAGCUUGGUCAGGUCAAAAGAAAGAUGGGUAGGCGGAGGAAGAGGGUUGCAAUAGGUGAUGGAGUACCUAACCCAAGAAAGGAGGAAAAAACACCUGCUCCCCCACGCAAGGAGAAAAAGAAGAAAACUGACAUUGGGAAGAUGUUUAUCAAUAUAUCCAUCGGUUUGUGUAUCUUCAGUCUCAUCUGGUUCUUCUAUGCCCUUUAUAUGCGCUCAUCCUUGGCCAGGAGGGUUGUGACCUUGCACCCCUCUCAACGGGUCUUGGAUGCUAAUAGCUCAAGUCCUGCUGUGUCUCCUGAAAGAUAUUGGGGUACUUAUCGGCCCCAGGUGUACUUUGGGAUGAAAACAAGAAGUCCCAGAUCUGUUGUGACAGGCUUAAUGUGGAUGCGUCAGUUUGCUGAAAUGGAUGGAAAUCUUAGGCACACUUGUGAGCAAGGGGACCAUUUGCUGGGCUACGGAUGGCUGAUGCAUGACGGAGUCUCUUUUGGAGUCCAGGAGGUACAUGACCGUGAUUUCACCCUGACCACAGAGUUUGUGAAGCGUAUGGGUGGAGAUCAUGGUGGAGACUGGACUUGGAGGAUUACUGCAAAACAACAUAGCACUGCUGCUUCAGCUCCUGUGAUCUCGCUGAUGUUCUACACAGCUACAGAUGUUCAAGGGUCCUUGCAGGCUCAUGUAGAGGAGAAAAAUCGCUUGAGCACUGUGACUGGAACAUCUGAGGAGCUUGGCAACUUCAAGAUCACAUUUGGCAAGCCCACUGCAGGGGAAGGUGCUA